AUGUUGUGUACCUAUUCUGAUGUUCCUUCUGACGCUGUGGUUGAACCUUACAAUGCUGUUUUGUCUGUUCAUCAAUUGGUUGAAAAUUGUGACGCUACCUUCUGUAUUGAUAAUGAAGUUCUUUAUGAUAUCUGUUUCCGUACUCUUAAACUAUCUAACACUGGUUAUGGUGUUUGCACUUCUUUACGUUUCCCUGGUCAAUUGAACUCUGAUUGA